AUGGAUUGGCUCUCUCACAGUACCGUCACUGCCGCCCUCGUUCUAGGACUCCUGCUCGUCACUUCCUUCGCACCCACUGGAAUCGAUGGCCUGCGAAUGAUGGAGCUGGUGAUUCCGAAGCACGUGGUGCGCAGCCAGGCAGUGAGGCUCGAGUGCAAUUACAACCUGGACAACGUGGGCCUCUACUCCGUCAAAUGGUACAAGGACGGCAACGAGUUUUACAGAUACGUGCCUCGAGAGAAGCCACCAGUCCUCGUUUUCACACUACCUGGUAUCACUGUUGACAUUCACAACUCAACAGAAAGCUCGGUGGUACUCAAUUCGGUGAAUCUCAUGAGUUCAGGACGCUACAGAUGCGAAGUGUCAGGAGAAGCACCGGCAUUUCAGACUGUGUCUGAGCACGCUGACAUGGAGGUUGUUGCUCUGCCUGAGGAGGGUCCUAUCAUAAAUGGCCGAGGGUCCAGGCAACGCUACCAAGCACACGAUGUCGUGAGGUUCAACUGCACGUCUGCAAAGUCCAAGCCAGCGGCGACGCUCAGUUGGUUCAUUAAUGGCGAGCCGGUAAGUCAAUACGUGAAGGUCUUUGGUGCACACAUCAAGGAAGUGGACCGCGAGGGACUGGAAACGGUAACACGUGGCUUGCAGGUCCGCAUACAGGACUACCAUUUCAAACGUGGCAUCAUGAAGAUCAAGUGCUUGGCCCAGAUAGCCACAGUCUACUGGAAGAGUAACGAGCUGAGCAUCGAGAACGGCUUUCGGAGUAAUAUCGAGAGCAACAAGAUACCGGUCAUGGAGAGCAGAGAGACAAGACCCCAAGGACACACGCACGCCGAGCACAUACUUGCCCCAAAUAGCAACCGGUGA